GCUUGUGUUUCAAAAAUAAUGACUCGUUAUCGCCGUACUGGUUCAAUACAUCCUCGUUCAUCACAACUUUUUUCUACUCCUACAACAAAUACCUCAAAUAAAAAAGAAAUAUUUAAAUAUUCAAUUCCUUCCGCAUUUAAAAAAAUUCCUUCUAAAGAAGAAAUUAGUAUAAAUAAUUGUUGUUUUAAUAAAGAAAUUGAUAAUAGUAAACAGGAAGAGAAACAAUUAAUUAUUAAACAACAAAAACAUUAUUUAAUAGAAAAGCUUAUUGAAUGA